AUGGAAUCCUCCGUCGCCGCCGCUUCUUCUACGCCGACGACCGUCGUUCUUCCAGCGGGGGAUUACGAGGUUUUCUUGAGCUUCAGGGGUCCCGACGUUCGCAAGAGGUUUGGCGAUCAUCUCUACACCUCAUUAGUGCGUGCCAAGAUUCGCACGUUCAGAGACGAGGAAGAGCUCCAGAAGGGCGAAGGGAUUGCGCCUUCUCUAGUCCGGGCCAUCCCGGAAUCGAAGAUCUACAUCCCUAUUUUAACCCAACAGUAUGCUUCCAGCAAAUGGUGCCUUCUAGAACUUGCUCAAAUGGUGGAAUGCUGGAAGCAAGGGAAGGGACACCUCAUCCUCCCCAUUUUCUACUUUGUUGACCCCAGAGAUGUGCGGCAUCAGCAGGGUCCUUAUCAGCAAGCUUUUUAG